AUGACACGCAUGUUCGACUUUGGUGUAAAGUCCGGUUCAAGGCUGCGGAAAGUCGUCUGCAAAGUCCCUCGGUGUCAGCCGCCCGUCACAUCCACACAGCGAGUGUCCAGGAUGUGUUGCCACGGAAACAAAGCAGUGCAGGAGGGGGAAGAAGAAGAAGAGGAGGAGGGAGGGUUCAGAGGACUGUUGCUCCCUCGCAGCAGAGUGGCGCCUCAGAUGCACAGUCACGCCAGCGUUUCCCGGGUGAAGUCCUCAAAGUUCAGGCGGUUUCCUGCGGGUUCAGAAUCCCUCACAUCAAACGGAGAGGCGGAUCGAUAG